AUGAUCUACCGAAACAAUAUUCCAGACAUCACUGUGUUAGAGAAUGUGACUGCGGGGACCAUUGUGCUUCCCAAUAUCAGAACACACCUAGGUUUAUCCCAUAACACUGCAGUCAAAUUAGGUCCAGGAUCACUGAAUCAGUUCUUCAGACUGGACUCAGAAUCUGGUCAACUGAUUUGUACGAAUACUGUUGACCUCGAAUCGCCCGCCUUGUGUAGAUUCGAGAAAUCAUGCUGCAGACUCGAGGGGAACGGUCAGCAAACAGAACACGCCUCUGAUAAGCUAACUCCAUCCAGCUACUUGGAACUGAACUCGUCUGAUUUGCGGAGACAGUUUGAUCCAGAUGGUCGUACAUGCCGACUGAUGGCUUUCAUAUUGGCCAGUGCGGCCACAGACACCCAACUUGCGCCUAUAACACGGUUACACGUGACAAUUGUAGAUCUGAACGAUAAUGCACCAACGUUUAAUCAGGACUCUGUAACAGACGCAAAACCCCAAUCGUCGAAUCAUCUUCAGAACCAUCCAUUUGUACAAAUUGCAUUCCUCGAGGGCUCUGGGGGACUGCACGGGAGCCAAGAUCUACCAAUGGCUUUUGAUGCCGAUUUCUCGCUCACCAAUCGAGUUGCACGUUACUGGUUAGAAUGGGACAAGUCGAAAAUGUCAACCGAGGGGAGUCUUGAAGGUCGAUCAGCUAGUAUUCAGCUGAAUAGUAUAUUGUCUACAGCUGGUCAAGAUGGACUAACGUGGGCAAUUCUGGGUCCAUUCCGUCUAACCUACCUCAGCCAUGGACGGAGUAUCGCCCUAGAGCUCGACUCUGAGUUGGACAGGGAAGCAGUGAGCCAGUAUCAUAUCCUGCUAGUAGCGGAAGAUGGCGGUGGACUUCAGGGUCGAUUACACAUUACAGUGGAUGUGAUUGAUGUGAAUGAAUUCGCCCCAGUGUUCGUUGAGUCAUUUCCCCUUCCAAACAAGAUCAUGAAGUCAAGCGACCAGGAAGUCUACCACAAACACUACAAAGUCCCCGAAUCACUGCCAGUCGGAAGUGAAAUAGGUCGACUGCAAGCCACUGAUGACGACAAAUCACCAGAGAAUAUUAUCACUUAUCGACUUGGCCCAGGAACGCCGCAAUCUAAGAUAACGAAAACCUUCCAUUUGAAUCCAACUACCGGUUCAUUAACACUACUACAACCAUUGGACCACGAGACAACACGAAGUUACCGGCUAACUGUAAUUGCACAAGAUGGGACCAGUGCGGAUGUGACUGCUUCAAAACAACUAAAAGAGCAACAAAGUCACCUAGCAGGACGUCUGUCGGCAACAGCAAUUGUGGAGAUUUCAGUCACCGAUAUAAAUGACAACGCGCCCGUGAUUCGAUUUGAAAAAUCUGACCAAAUAAACGGACAGUCUAGGCAGAAUGGUGCACAGCGCUUUUCCGCUCCUUUUAAUCAUGAUGUAUGGAUUAAAGAGAAUCUUGUAAAAGGUUCCCCCGUGACAUUUUUCAGUGUGUCGGAUAACGAUUCUGGUGAGAACAGCCGAGUCAGUUGCACUCUAAUGAACUGGACAGAUAGAUUCCAGCUUCGAGAAUUUGCCGGUUUGCAUGGCCUCGAAACCGUGGGGGAAUUCGAUCGAGAAACGACGGACACUUAUUACUUAACCGUACGCUGUCAAGACCAUGGAACCCCGAUUCAGCAAACGGACGCUGUCAUCACUGUUCAUAUCGAAGAUGUAAAUGACCUUCCGCCAACAUUUGACCUUCCACUCUAUCAGUUUCACGUGCUAGAAAACAGCCCAGUCGGUACUCGUCUGCUUCCAUUAAACUCAAACUACCCAUCUACAGUCAGCGCCAAAGAUCCGGACUUGAAUACUACUCUUCACUAUCGCUUGGAGCCAAGUGAUCCUGAUACGACAGUCCGCGGUGUCAGCAGAAAGGUCAUAGAUGGAUCUCAGGGCAUGGAUCAUCACUUGUUUCAUAUUGACCCUGUGACGGCCGUGCUUACGACACACGGUGAACUAGAUCGAGAAACUCGAGCACGACUUACUUUUCAAGUCUGCGCUGACGAUGGUAAGCAUGCCGCCUUCGCCGAUGUUGUUGUCCAGUUAGACGACGUAAACGACAAUCGACCCUCCUUUGACCGCGAUACCUACGUACUUCGCGUGGAAGAGAAUCACUUAUCCAACAGUCCACUGGUCGUCUUCAAAGUAACCGAUGCGGACGUGGACAAUCAAGGAUUUACUUUCGAAUUUGUUGAGGAACCACAACCGGUUGUGACCGUCACGAGGCCAACUGAUGAUGGGGCUAAUCAGUCGGAUGUCUCAAUGUACAAAAAUCAGCCUGAAUCGGGGACGGUUCGUUAUCACUUUGCAUUGCGUGAUAAUACGCUGUAUUUGCGACGGUCCUUAGACAGAGAACUACGUUCAACCUAUCAUUUCUUCGUCAGAGUAAGCGACAUUCAGGAAUCAAAACAAGUGAAGGACCUGGGCAACGCUGCGAAUACUGUUAGUGAUAGUUCUUAUCGUCUGACAAGCCAAGCAGAAAUAUUUGUUGACGUUGGAGAUGUAAACGACAAUGCACCGGUGUUAGCUUUCCCUAAUUCGACUGGACCACUUGGAAAUCGUCUGAGCGUGUCAUGUCACGAAACGAUGGGUAGUUCUGUUGGUCGGCUCCAAGCCUCAGAUGCUGAUUUGGGGCCAAAUGCCACUGUGGUCUUUUCUGUGAUUCACACACCCGAAGUGGACCAACUUUUCUAUCUGGAUGGCCAAUCGGGGGAGUUAUUUGUCAAUACGGGACAGUUGGUGGCAAGAUGUGGGAGCAGUGUAAUCUUAAUCAUUUCUGUUGAUGACCAGGGACCCGCAGAAAGUAAGCGAUCCAGGACGGCCCCUGUUGAAAGACUCAUUAUUCAGUUGGAAAGCAAACCCACGCUGGCAGAGUUAAUUGCCGCUGAAGCUCGGAAUAAAAUUGGACAGUUGAGUAAUGCCGCUGCUGGCUCAGCAUUACACAACGACGAAGGUGUAGAUAGCGCAAGUGUGUAUGGAGUGCUCUCUACCCGAACAGUACUCAGUGUGGUUUUGGGUGGGUCCACUGUUUUCCUAAUCACUCUUCUCCUUGUGUGGAUAAUCCUCCUCUUGUAUGGUCGUUCACGACGCCAAAAACGAUUUCGCAGUUUACGUGCAACUCAGGGAAAGGAUAAAUAUGGAACGGUUGCUUCUACGACACAACAGCAGAGGUCCCCAGAGAAAGUCUACUUGGGACCACCACAACUAGUAAAUCAGUCUGCCGACGACAGAGGUCCUUACGUAGAAAGAACUACAACUUGGAAUACCUUCAAAAGUGAAAAACGAGUGGUUUCAGAUCCGAAUACACUCCAACAAGCAUCAACUUCCGUUGAUCUGGAACAUCGUGGGUGUUCUGGUGGAAGAAUUAAUCCAGAUUAUGCUCAGUCUCGAACGGGCACAUAUAGCCAGUUUUCGAAGCCCGAUUUCCCAGCUGCUACCAUUCGUUCUCGCUCCAGCCCAACCAUCACUGCAACAACGGUGUUCCCCUUGGAAACACAGUCCGACUAUAUGACGGCGGUCUGGCAUUUGGAUGGAGCGGAAAACUACCAGACAUGUUCUUUGGAAUAUGCAAAUCAACCUGAAGCUUGUCUAAGGAGUCCAAAGAAAACGGACGAAAACUUUGCGGCCCCGUUUUUGGUGAAAAGACGGCGAGCCAAGUCGUCCAAAUUCCGAAAACUUCUCACGAUCUGGAUUUUCGAUAAUAUCUUACAAAGGCCACGCGCAAAGUCUUCAG